AUGACAACUGCUGCUAGACCAACCUUUGAUCCUGCUCGAGGUUCCGAUAGUAAAGCACCAACUUUACAAUAUAGUUCUCGAGAUCUUGCGGCUCAUACAAAACUUAAAUACAGACAACCCGGACAAACUACAAGAGAAGAUCUUGAAAAUACAGAUCUUAGAGAAGAACUUUUGAAAGCUGAAAGAGAACAUUUUGGGAAAAAACAAGGUUUACUAAAUUCCGGAGAACAAGAAUAUGCCGAUGUUCGACUUCGUAUAAUGCAAGAAGCUGCGACUUUAGAUAAAGACGAUAGUGACGAUGAUAGUGAGGAAGAUGAGGAAGAAGACGACGAUGAUACAGUUGCAUUAGUAGCCGAGUUAGAAAAAAUUAAAAGGGAACGUGCGGAAGAAAAAGAAAGACAAGAAAUGGAUGCGUUAGAAGCAGAAGAACGAGAAAAACGUGAAGCUGCUUUGGCAGGAAAUCCCUUGUUAAAUAAGGAUUUUAGUGUCAAACGAAGAUGGGAUGAUGAUGUAAUUUUCAAGAAUCAAGCUCGAGGAGUAGAAGAUAAACCUAAAAAAAGAUUUAUAAACGAUACAUUACGAACUAAUUUGUUAAAUAAUCAACAAGUUGCCAUAAAAUUCGAACCUCGGAAGAGUGAUGCUCCUCAACUUCGAGACGAAUAUCGAACAUACAAAAUUUUGGCGGGAUCAUUGGGAAUACCCAAUGUAUACUAUUUUGGACAAGAGGGUUUACAUAACAUACUGGUUGUGGAUCUUCUUGGGCCUAGUCUUGAAGAUUUGUUUGAUAUGUGUGGAAGAAAGUUUAGUAUCAAAACAGUGGUUAUGGUAGCCAAGCAAAUGCUUACAAGGGUUCAAACCAUUCACGAGAAGAAUCUCAUUUAUCGUGAUAUCAAACCGGAUAAUUUUUUGAUUGGUCGUCCGCUAUCAAAAGGUGCCAAUUUAGUUUAUGUUGUUGAUUUUGGUAUGGCCAAACAAUAUCGUGACCCAAAAACGAAACAACAUAUUCCAUAUCGAGAAAGAAAAAGUUUAAGUGGAACAGCUAGAUACAUGAAACAAUCGCGCCGUGAUGAUCUAGAAGCUCUCGGUCAUGUAUUUAUGUACUUUUUAAGAGGGGGUCUACCAUGGCAAGGGCUUAAGGCAGCAACAAAUAAACAAAAAUAUGAAAAAAUUGGAGAAAAAAAACAAUCAACACCCAUUAGAGAACUCUGCGACGGAUUUCCAGAAGAAUUUGGUAUUUACCUUAGCUAUGUUCGUAAACUUGGUUUUGAAGAUAAUCCUGAUUAUGAUUACUUGAGGGAACUUUUUACCAAGAUUUUGAAAAAUUCUAAUGAGACAGAAGAUGGCAUUUAUGAUUGGAUGUUAUUAAAUGCUGGAAAAGGAUGGGAAGCAAGUUCGCGGAAAGAUGACGGCGCACUGAAUCCUGACACUAACACCCGCCUAACACUUCACGGCACUUCCUCUCAGCAAUAUACUGUAACCAAACCAAGUCGACAAACAGUAAAACCUAAACCUAAUAAUCCAGUUAUGAAUUCAGGAGAUGAUAUAAAUUAUCCAGGACGUGCCGGUAUCGGUAUGAAUGGAGGUAAUGGUGGAAAUGCGCCAGGUGGUCAGGGAAAUAAUGGUGCAGAUUCAAACUCUCAUCGGAGACGAGGAAUUUGGCAAAAGUUUAUUGGAGUUAUUACUUGUAGUAUGUGUAGCUAA